UGGGGGGGCUGGCUCCGGGGGGAACGCCUACAGUUCCAGCGGACCAAUUAGGCGUGCAACCCCUAUUAGUUUUAGGGGUGAUUUCAGCGCCGAGUUCUCGAGUUCCGUCCGGUAUUGAGAUUUCCACUUAUAUUUCUACAAGGGCUCCUCCUCUCCACUCAUCCCGUACCGCCAGCCGAACCCUGAUACGCCGCGACGGGAUAAGCAGCGGGCCAGCCGCGACCAGCAAGGAAGGACAAUGUACUCCGUAGUACUCCGUACUGCGUAGAGAGAGGGGAAAUCGGAUGCAAAUCAAGGGGGGAAGAAAGCCUAGAAGGGCAGCUGAUGGGUUAAAAAUAGAUCGACAACCAAUAAUGGAAGAAAAGACGGUAACUAUGUCUCUGGCUGGUACCUUCCUAUACAAACUACUGCGGCGAUCUACCCCGGAGCUACUUCGGGAUUCGGCCUCUCUUCACCAUCCUGCUGACUAACUCCGCCCAACCGGCUGCCCUAUCCGCCAUUCCGCCUCACCUCCACUCCGCCACUCUCACUCACUCCUUGUCGCUCUACUCUGCCUCUUCUAUCUCUGCUGUUUCUGAUAUUGUCUGCUAUCUCGGUGCCGUGAUACCCCGAUAGACCCGCGUCGUAGUCGACUAUUCGUGCUGUCAUUCAUUCUAGUGUCCGUCUGCUUCUUCUUCUUCUUCUUCUUCUUGUUGGCUGCCUGGCGGUCUGAGUUAGUUGGUAAGGGUUGUUCUUGAUAUUUGAUAUUGAUAUCGUACAGAAUAAAUUCAUCUGAUCUAAUUCCCCCCUCCCCCCCCCCUCUCCCCUUUUCGUUACAGCUAUAGAUAGCACAGCGAAACUAUGGCCAGAGAACCGUGGGAUGAUGAAGAGGCACUCUCUGGCAGGACCGUCAUCACCACGCUGACCGACGAUGAGGAUGACCCUUAUACGGACGAACCUGAUGGCAUCCAACAACUGGGCAUGUCAGGAGGUGUUGAGUCGGCGCCCACUACCCUGCCCAUACCUGUCUGGCUGGCGGAAUCCUCCAAAUCUUUCCACUGGAAAUGGGUCCCGCUGCCAUUGCGCAAGGCUGCCCGUUCGACUGUGAAGUGGCUUAAAGGCCCCAAUCCGCCUCGAGUUCUGCUCCUAAAUCCACUUUUCCCUAGCAUACAGGCUAUGCCUGUCAAGCUCGUAGAUCGAUUCUUUCCGAAACGAAAGUACAAGAUUGGUCUUCUGUUGGCGGUGUAUUUUACCUGGUUUCUCCCCUGGGCGUUGGUCCUGAGGAACUCCGCUUCUGGUGGUCAUAUCGAGGGCUAUGGGAAACCUGCUCCGAUCAGUUGUGGUGCUAGCUACUGGGCUAAGGGAAACGAAUGCGGCCUCAAUGGGUAUGAAUGCCGGCCAUUUAACCGCUCGACUUUUGCCUUUCGAUGUCCUGCGUUCUGCAGUAGCCAUCUCGUCCUAGAGCCGUACGUGGUAGGCAAUGAGACUGUCAACUACCAAGCUCUGGUAGUUGGGGGUCCUAUUCCUGGCGCCUCGAGUGAUGAUCUCGAGGGUGCGAUCUAUCGAGCAGAUAGCCACGUAUGCCAGGCCGCAAUACACGCUGGAGUUAUCAGCGACUCUACAGGAGGUUGUGGAGUCGUCGAACUGACUGGCGCUGGCCAUUCGUAUUUCGCCAGCAAGGCGAAUAAACUCGCCUCAGUUGGCUUUCCUUCAACUUUCCCGAAAUCAUUUAGAUUCCUCCGUCUGCCGGGUUCGCAGUCAGACUGCCCUGGCGACUUGCGGUGGCCGUUGUUUGCGAUUACCGCAACCGCUAUUGUCCUAAUCUCCCUCUUUACGACCUCCCCCGCCGUAUUUUUCUUCACGACAUUUUUCAUGCUCAUUCUCCACGUGGGUCUUGUAUCUGAUCCGCCGGAGCUACACAGGGUUGCAGACCUAUUUUCGCUCUUAUGUUCCAGGCUUCUGCCCGCUAGCUUCAUCGCAUACGUGCUCUACAUCUACUGUGCGCGCCCUCUUUUAGAACCACUGGCUUCCCCUCCCGUUUACCAGUUCAGCAAAACAAUCCUAUACCUAGGUCCUGCGUUUGUUGGUGCUCUGAACAACUACACGUUUGCUCUAUGGAUCCCCAUCCAACGUCUUACCCCGCACGACAUCAAAGCCCAGCCAGGCGCGCCCAUCGCCCUCGCCAUCAUGAUCACUAUCAUCGUCUCCAUAGUCCUCGGCCAAGCCUGGCACAUCCGCCAAGGCGGCCAAUUCUUCCACUACCUAAAGAUUUACCUCUGCAUCGGCGCCGGCUUAAUUUUCCUCCUUGUCCUCCCCCAAUUCCGCCUGCGCAUCCACCACUACAUCCUCGCCAUGCUCCUCAUGCCCGGCACCGCCUUCCCCAUCCGUCCCUCAAUCAUCUACCAGGGCCUGCUCCUCGGCCUCUUCGUCAACGGCGUUGCCAGAUGGGGUUUUGCCUCCAUCAUCGAAACGCCAAGUGCACUAGGUGAACUUCCAGGGCCCGGUAGCAAUGGCUGGUGGGGCGCCACUAGCCCCAACAUCACGAACUCCUCCGUCCAUAUCUCGCUGCCGUCUGGCGACCAUGUGGAUAGGGGUAAUGGGAACAUCACCUUCCAGCUGUGGGAGCCGGAGCGCAUGGAGAAGCUGAAUGUGGACGGCAUCAGUGUGCUUGUGAAUGAUGUAGAGCGGUGGCGUGGGUUUGUGGACGAGGAUGUUACUGGGGAGUUUGUCUGGCAUCGGCAGGGGCAUCGGGGACUGGAUAUGUCCAGGCCGAAGCGUGCUGGUGUAGAAGAGUACGAGCAUGAUGAUGACACUGUUAUAUCAAUGCAGGAUCAAGAUGGGAAUGAGGAUCCGGCUGAGGAUCUGUUUUUCCGAUUUGCAUUUUUGAAGGGGUCGAAGGUCGGACUUUAUGGUGGCGUUGGUGUUUGGAAUAGAGAUGGCAGCUGGAUAAGUCCUCCGCCGCCGAGGACUUGAUUUUCUGAUUUUCUGAUUUUCUCUUUCUCUUUUUUCUUUUUUCUUUUUCUUUUUCUUUUUGCUUCUUCUUACACUCAUAUAUACAUUCUUCGCCCCUUCUGUUCCCUGCUCUUCAUGCUCACAAUUGUCUAAUUUGGUAUCCCCUUCUCUUUUCUUUUUUUCCUCUUUUGUUGUAUUGCCGCAAGGCAAUCAAGUAGUCAAACUAGCAUCAUACUUACCUAGACGGACGGUGUGGCGUUUUUAUAUUUGUUCAAACGUUAUCUUUUAUAAACUCGGUUUGUUUUUUCCCGUUUGUUUCCCCCCCUGUUCGCUGCCCUCACCCCCCCGGCCCCUUUUAACGCACCAGAACCACACGUAUCUGAUAUGGUUCUACAUGGCGAGUUGAGUCAAGUUGUUGAUUUAUGAUGUGAUAUGAUAUGGUGCUUGAGUGAUUUAUGAUUAUGCGGUUUUGUGCGUGAGACAGGUUAGUUACUAUACAUUAUAUACACACACACUCUCUCUAUAUAUAUUUGGUUAUCUUAGAAGAGGACCCGUGAUGGAGAGAAGUUAGAGAGUGGAUGAUAGAGAGGUUUUCCCUUUCCUACUCUUUUUCCACUUUUAUCUCCUCGGAAGGGCACUUUUUGCCGGACCAACAUGAUGGGGCCGAAGAAUCAAUGGCAAGGAGGCCUCUCAGUGCGCCAGGAGGUGAUGUCGGCCGGGGCACCAGUUCAAUGACUCCGUGUUUGACGAGGAUAUGCAGGAAACAAAGAUUAAAGAGGUCCCCUCAAAUUCCACUUGAAUUGAGAUCUCCUUGGUUUCAUUGACUGAGAUCAGUCAGCCCCAAAUCAUCCCUCCCACGGUCUCCUUGCGUCCUAACGCCGCUAACGACUCCACCUAAUCUGAGCUUCGAGCAAAAUAACAGCCUUGGAGACGAGCGGAUAAGGAUUUUACACCCGCAGGACGAACAGGCGAUUUCCAGGAUCCGUCUGACCGGCUUCUUCCGCCGCCAACGUCGUCUGUCUCUGUUUCUCUUCCCGGCAUAGAACCCGUUGCUCCAGAUGCGACAGAUACAACGAACGAACGUCCUUGGGAUAUCACACAUCUCUAUUCUCCCGAUUGUCAAUGGAAAAUCCGAAGCUCACGCAAAUCUUCAAGCCACCCAACCAAACGCAUCAUCUUCGAACGCUCGAGAGAAUCAAAAUCGGGUCGAUGUACAAAUUCUAAUCCUAACGGUACUCAAAGAGUCCAGAUAACGGUUCGACCGAGGCUUGUCUAGCCAUUAUACAUAGGGCGAGAUUGCAGCCCACAUCUAUCUGCUAUUACACCUAGCCAGUGAGAAAAAAAAAAAAAAAAUAAUAAGAAAACAUUAGGCGCGUUUGCGACGUGUAUUGGCGAGACGGAAAUGAGGAGCCUGUUAUAUUUAUGCCAUGAUUGAAUAGUUGUUUCUGAUAUCGGAAAUUACCAUCUUGAGAGUACUCAUAAUAAUUUCUUGGCUAAUCCUCCAUAGAAAUCUAAAUCGAUCAAUAGUGGUACCAAUUGACCACGUAAAAUCUGGCAUAUAAAAAAGGCUCUCAAAAUCUCUUAAUAUCUCAUCCAUUCGGUAUGCUCAACGUAUGGACGGACGUUCGCCGCAACUGAUGGACAUCAUUCUUGUAGUUCCUCACGAAAAUAGAUGGAGCUCCUGAUAGUGAAUUCCCCCCUAAAAAAAAAGAAAAAAAAAAGAAAUUACAAAGCUGGAGAGGGUAGGACAGAGUACGGAGUAGACGAAGAGGAAAGGGCUUUCGAGCCAACGCAUCAUCCUUUAUGCGUAUUUGUACCAUUGAUUUCUCCUUCUCCAAAGCCGCUUGAUGUACUUUCAGGGCGGUGAACUCACGGUCUCUCAUUUUCUGCCAACUUCCUGUAUCCGAUAAUGUAACGGUAGCUGUAGUCUUUUGCGGACCAAGCGUAGACUCGCCAUUUUUGUGUUCCACCACCUUUUGGUCCAUGAUUUUUCUUCUUGUUUUAUGUUUUCAGAUUCCAGUGGCGAGAUGGGCGUGAUUGCCUUUGCAAAAGAUCCCAGAUCUUCCACAUGAUCCAACCAGUUCAGGACUCCUUCCACAGACGGGGGUUCAGGAGGACAAGGCAGUGUGUAUUUGUUUUCGAUUCGAGGUGUUGUUUUUGAAGACUUGGCUGAAGCGUUGUGACCUUGGUAGCGGCUUCUUUCCUUCGCUGCCAUCACGGCCUUCAGGACCCUUCUUCCCGCCAUUGUCAUCGUCCCCACUCCCGUCAUUGUCAUCGUCAUCAUCAGUAUUUCACUUCCUUUUGCCUCCGCCUUUGCGGCGUUGGAUCUGGACGGCUCCCGAGCUGCAUCGAAUCGUUGAUUUGAUUCCGAACUUCCGGAGGCUAUGAGUUCAUGAUCUCCUACGAUAGGCUCGCGUACCAUUGGGGGGAAAGGCAACCGCGAAGCGCCUUCAAAACUAGAGUCUGUGGAUAUCCGCGGAACGGCUUGGGGAAUGGAGACCAGUUCAUUCCUGGGAAAGUAGUUAGUUAUCCACAUGCUAAAGAAGUAAACGCGGCAUAGUGUUCUGCUUGGAUCGACCCGUGGGCACGUCCUAUAUUAGUGGUAGAAUUUUUUGUAUUUGGCGCUACGGGGAAACCAAGGAGCUAAAGUGGGGACACCUGUAAAUCACCACCAGCGCCUGCUGGUAGAAGGGCCGACCA